UUACUAGGAACAUCUGGGUGCAUCUUCAAGGAAUACAGCCUUAGCCUUGUCCCACUGAUUUCUUCACUCCAGCAGUCAUGAUCUUAAGCAUUGCUCUCAUUUGGGCUGUAGUGGUAGGGAUCUGUUGUUGCCUAUGGCUUAUCCUGGGAGUACGCAGAAGGCAACCUGGGGAGCCUCCAGUGGAAAAUGGUUUGAUCCCUUACCUUGGCUGUGCUCUUCAGUUUGGUGCCAACCCUUUGGAGUUCCUCCGCAGCAGACAAAAGAAACAUGGUCACAUUUUUACAUGCAAGAUUGCUGGGCAGUAUGUCCAUUUUCUUUGCGAUCCAUUCUCCUACCAUUCCGUCAUUCGCCAAGGAAGGCAUCUAGACUGGAAGAAAUUUCAUUUUGACGUCUCUGCAAAGGCAUUUGGUCACGAGAACAUGGAUCCCAGCCACGGUUACACCACAGAGAAUGUGCAUCAGACCUUUCUCAAGACCCUUCAAGGAGAUGCUCUGCCAUCUCUCAUUGAAACCAUGAUGGAAAACCUGCAGGGCACGAUGCUGCAGCAGGGCAUUUUGAAAGCCAAACCCUCAGAGUGGCAAGUUGAUGGUAUUUUUGCCUUUUGCUACAAGAUCAUGUUUGAAGCAGGCUACCUGACCCUCUUCGGAAAAGAGCUGGAUGGAGACAAAAGCGUCGCACGUCAACAGGCCCAGAAAGCGCUGGUGCUCAAUGCUCUGGAGAACUUCAAAGAGUUUGACAAGAUCUUUCCUGCUCUGAUCGCUGGACUUCCCAUUCAUGUUUUCAUGAGCGCCCACAGCGCCCGCGAGAACCUAGCCAAGACCAUGCUUCACGAGAACCUGAGCAAGCGCGCCAACGUGUCAGACCUCAUAUCUUUGCGCAUGCUGUUGAACGACACGCUGUCUUCCCUCAACGAGUUGAGCAAAGCCAGGACCCAUGUUGCCAUUCUGUGGGCUUCCCAGGCCAACACUUUACCCGCCACCUUCUGGACCUUGUUUUACAUGAUCAGGUGCCCUGCUGCCUUAAGGGCUGCCAGCGAGGAGGUGAAGAAAACCUUUGAAAGUUCUUACCAAAAGGUCGAUCCCACCAAUUCUCGACUUGUUCUAACAAGGGAGCAACUAGACAACAUGCCAAUUCUCGAUAGUGUAAUUAAAGAGGCUAUGAGACUAUCAAGUGCAUCACUGAACAUCAGAGUUGCCAAGGCUGACUUCCUUCUUCAAUUGGACAACAAAGAGUCUUACCGCAUUCGUAAAGAUGAUGUAAUAGCUAUGUAUCCACCCAUGCUUCACUUUGAUCCUGAAAUCUACGAAGAUCCAAUGAUAUACAAGUAUGAUAGAUACCUUGAUGAGAAUGGACAGGAGAAGACCAGCUUUUACAGAAACGGACGCAAACUUCGUUACUUCUACAUGCCCUUCGGCUCCGGGGUCACCAAGUGUCCGGGUCGCUUCUUCGCUGUGCAUGAGAUCAAGCAGUUUUUGUCUUUGAUUCUCUCUUAUUUUGAGAUGGAACUUUUGGACUCUGAUGUGAAAGUGCCUCCAUUGGAUCAGUCACGGGCAGGUCUGGGGAUUCUGCAGCCCACCUAUGAUGUUGACUUUCGAUACAGACUCAAAACUCACUGAGAUGAUACGUUUAUUUAUUGACUGGACUGUAGAUAAUGUAUAUUUUAUGCCAUGUAUGGCAAGACAAAUGUAAAUAGGUUUCAACAAACGUUUUAGGACGUUUUAAAGAAACCCGUGGGCUCCCCUUGUAGAAUUUUCAGUAACAUUUACUGCUUGUAAGCUAUGUGUCUUCAAAAAAUCCUUAGAUUGUGUAAAUAAUAUUAAAAAACAACCAGAUUUUAAGAUUUACUUUUUAGAAUAAGCUUAUAGUUAUUGCACUUUUUAAUUCAAUUUAUUUAAUUUUUUUUCAGAAAGUUUCAGAAACUCAAAUAUGUUGUUAAUUUUGUUAUCAUGUUUAGUAACUUAUCAGGAUGGUUUUGUUCCCCUGGUUAAAUUGUUUUUCAGUAUUUAAUUGAUGCUUUGUCUCAUUGUGUUUAUGUGAUGAGUGUUAUUGGGAUGUUUUCAAUAAAGCAAGAGUAAAAAAAGAA